ACACAUAAUUUGGCAUUGGCAUUGGCUCAUCUCCUCUCUCUUCCGAAAGAUAAAAACCAUUUUCAUAUUCCAUGGCUUUCUCUAAGCUUCUAGCUGCUUCCCUUCUUGCAUCACUCCUCCUUCUUCAUCUUGUUGAUGCAGCAGAUCAAUCAGCAAUACAGGGUUCUCUUCGGCAAAUAGAUUGCAAUGGAGCAUGCGUUGCAAGGUGUCGUUUAUCAUCUCGUCCAAGAUUGUGCCAAAGAGCUUGUGGGACUUGUUGUAGAAGAUGUAACUGCGUGCCACCUGGCACUUAUGGCAACCAAGAAAAGUGUCCUUGUUAUGCCAGCUUGACCACUCAUGGUGGCAAACCCAAGUGCCCUUAAAAAACAAACAAAAGUUACCUUAAUUGGAAUUUCGACUUCCAAUCGAAUCUGAAUACAUAUAGAUCCAAACCGUUACUACCAUGCAUUAAUAAUAAUAAAUAUUCCUCAUUUGGUCACUAUGAUGUGAACAACAUGAAAAAUAAUAAAUCUGUUUUCAUAGUGUGUAAUAAUAAUCUUAUUUGUGUGAUCGCUUUCAAUUCUGGUCUAUUGUAUCUACUUCUUUUGUACAACCUAUAUCAUUUUGUGUUAAUAAUAAUAUGAGUUUCUUGUUCUAC